AUGGCCAAAACCAAGAACAGCCCGUGCACCAUCAAAAAGCGCCUGGAGCAGCAGGUGGCAAUUCUACGGCGGGAACUGGCGUCGGCGAGGGUAGAUCAGAAUGACAUUAGCCGGAAGUAUGUGGCACGCGUGCGGCAGCAGGCAGGCAGCGGCAGCUUCUCGGACGACUCUCUGAAGCUAAAGAAACGGAUAAAGAUGUUAGAGAGAGAAAACCACGAACAGAACCAGUACAUAUCCUAUCUGGAGGAGCAGAUCAAACUGAUGCCUGCUCAGUACGAGAGCAGGAUGGUUGACCUCAAGAAGAGCGCCAAGCUCGCGGAAAGGGAACUAAACAAGGUGUACCACGGAAUGCGCAGCAUUAAGGAGCAGGUCAAGCAGGUGGACAAACUUAAGGAUAGUGUGGCCGUUCUUAAGGCCAGACUGGAACGUCGCGACUUCAUCAUUGCCCACUACGAGGCCCAGAACUCGAAGAAAACCAUCAUUGUCGAGGAUUUGCAGGGGCAUCAGGAGUCGGAGUCUCGCCAUAAGUGCCACACUACCACCCCCACACCCAAACCAACGUCCGAGCCAACGGAUGUGACAGCAGAGUCGGAAACAGAACCCCUGGGAUCUCUGUUGGUCGAAAAGUACAAAAAGCUAGACAACAUCAGAGCUCCGCCGAAGCAUAAGUUAAGGUCCGUGGAUUUCUGCAGCCUGGCGGCGGCGCUUAGGAUGAAGAGCAAACAAUCAGGAUCAAUCUGA